AUGGAACAAAAGCAAACAUCCGAAUUUAAUUUUAUGAAUAAAGUUCAUUAUGAAUUAAAAAGAUAUAGCGAGUUCAAUACGUCUAAUAGAGAAGCCUACCAAAAUAUGUAUUUUUUAUUAUUAUCAAAAAUUGAUAUUCUUAAAAAAAAUGAUAAACAAUUUUGUAAGAAUAGAUUUAUACGUGAAUUUGAUCGAUAUAAUAUAAUUUCUAAAUGUGUAGAACCGAUGAAAUGCAACAAGUGUGGCUCUGAAAGAUAUUCAAAAAAAUUAUGUAGUAAUUGUAUACUUCAAUAUUUAAGAAGUCUAUUUGAUUCAUGGACGUCCGAAGAUGAUGAAUUGGAUAAAUUCAUCCAAGAAUGCCAAACAAUUUCUUCACUUCCGCGGUUUAUCUUAGAAUGGGUUUCAUAUGAACAAUUUAAAGAAAUUGAAUAUUUUGCGGAAGGAGGAUUUAGUUACAUUUAUACUGCCAUAUGGACAAGAGGAUCAAUUGAUGACUGGGAUGAAGAAAAAGAAAAAUUUAUCUACAUGGAAAAUCAACCUGUCGUUUUAAAAACGUUAAAAGGUUUAAACGGAAAGGAAUUACAAAAAAUUUAUAAUGAGGCGAUGAAUCAUUGCAUAAUUCAAUCAGAUUUUCUUGUUGGCUGUUAUGGCAUAACUAAAGAUUUCCAAGGCAACUAUUUCAUGGUUCUUGGUAGAUAUUCAGAAGAAAGUCUAAGGAAGCAUUUAGAAAGAAACCAUUUAAAUUUUGAUUACGGACAUGAUGAUGCUAAUUUAGUUGUGAAUAUCCUGAAUGGUGUAAGACCACCAAUUUUCCCUGAAAUGCCACCUGAUUUCAGAAAAUUAUUAGAUCGUUGUUGGAAUCGUGAUCCUUCCAUAAGACCAAACAUAAAAGAGCUUUUUUCUUUUUCUAUAAAAAAAUUGAAAGAUUAUUAUAAAGAUGAUAUGGAAUCUUUUAUACAAAGCUUAAGUUCACAAUGUGCUACUGGUGAAGAAUUUAGUCCACAUUUACGACAGGUUCCAUAUUUGCAACAAACUAAUAGUUAUGUGCAUACAAGCAAAGUAAUUUCCGCAAUCAACAACUAA